GGUACCACUAGGCAGCUCGUAGAAAAGAUCUUAGAUGAGGCUGCGCGCGCUUUUGCUUCGAUCCUGUCUCAACAGGGGGAGCACCGUCUCAGACUGAGGGAGGUAUCGUAAAGAGAAGCCCAGCACCCUCUUCUCAUUAGGAACAGGGACCAUGAAGACAGCAGAUCAGAGAUAUCGCGCCGCGGAUAGUUUUAGCAUCCCAGUACGUUGAGCGGUAGCCACCCACAGAGGACUGGAUGACGAGGCGGCAUGGCAGGCGGACGGAGAGGACUUGUGGCCCCGCAGAACACUUUCCUAGAGAACAUUGUCAGACGGUCUAACGUUUGGACAUUGUCACAUAGGCAGACAGACACCAAUUUCGUCCUGGGAAACGCUCAGAUCGUGGACUGGCCCAUCGUGUACAGCAAUGACGGGUUCUGCAAGCUGUCGGGGUACCAUCGAGCGGAGGUCAUGCAGAAGAGCAGCACCUGCAGCUUUAUGUAUGGAGAGCUUACGGACAAAGAAACAAGUGAGAAAGUACGGCUAACCUUUGAAAACUAUGAGAUGAACUCGUUUGAAAUACUAAUGUACAAGAAGAAUCGAACGCCAGUGUGGUUCUUUGUGAAAAUCGCUCCGAUUCGCAAUGAGCAGGACAAGGUGGUGUUGUUCCUCUGCACGUUCAGUGACAUCACAGCCUUCAAGCAGCCGAUCGAAGACGAUUCGUCUAAAGGCUGGGGGAAGUUUGCUCGUUUGACCCGCGCACUGACCAGCAGCCGAGGAGUCCUGCAGCAGCUGCAGCCGACCGUCCACAAGGGAGAGAACGUCCACAAGCACUCCCGCCUGGCUGAGGUGCUGCAGCUGGGCUCGGACAUCCUCCCCCAGUACAAGCAGGAGACGCCAAAGACGCCCCCCCACAUCAUCCUCCACUACUGCACCUUCAAGACCACCUGGGACUGGGUCAUCCUCAUCCUCACCUUCUACACGGCCAUCAUGGUGCCCUACAACGUGUCCUUCAAGACCAAGCAGAACAACGUCACCUGGCUGGUGGUGGACAGCAUCGUGGACGUCAUCUUCCUGGUGGACAUCGUGCUCAACUUCCACACCACCUUCGUGGGCCCUGCUGGGGAGGUCAUCUCCGACCCCAAACUCAUCCGCAUGAACUACCUGAAGACCUGGUUCGUCAUCGACCUGCUGUCCUGCCUGCCCUACGACGUCAUCAACGCCUUCGAGAACGUGGACGAGGGCAUCAGCAGUCUCUUCAGCUCGCUGAAGGUGGUUCGGCUGCUGCGUCUGGGCCGGGUGGCUCGGAAGCUGGACCACUACAUUGAGUACGGGGCGGCGGUGCUGGUGCUGCUGGUGUGCGUGUUCGGGCUGGCCGCUCAUUGGCUGGCCUGCAUCUGGUACAGCAUCGGGGAGUACGAGGUCAUCGACGAGGACAACAACACGGUGCGCACGGACAGCUGGCUGUACACGCUGGGCGAGACCACGGGCUCGCCGUACCGCUUCAACCUCAGCGGCUCGGAGAAGUGGGAGGGGGGCCCCAGCAAGGACACGGUCUACAUCUCCUCCCUGUACUUCACCAUGACCAGCCUGACCAGCAUCGGCUUCGGAAACAUCGCCCCCACCACCGACGGGGAGAAGAUAUUCGCCGUGGCCAUGAUGAUGAUUGGCUCUCUACUGUAUGCCACCAUCUUCGGUAACGUCACCACCAUCUUCCAGCAGAUGUACGCCAACACCAACAGGUACCACGAGAUGCUGAACAGCGUGCGAGACUUCCUCAAGCUGUACCAGGUGCCCAAGGGCCUGAGCGAGCGGGUGAUGGACUACAUCGCCUCCACCUGGUCCAUGUCCCGGGGCAUCGACACUGAAAAGGUGCUGCAGAUCUGUCCUAAGGACAUGCGGGCAGACAUCUGUGUGCACCUGAACAGGAAGGUGUUCAAGGAGCACCCGGCGUUUCGGCUGGCCAGCGACGGCUGCCUCCGCGCCCUGGCCAUGGAGUUCCAGACCAUCCACUGCGCCCCCGGCGACCUCAUCUACCACGCUGGCGAGAGCGUGGACAGCCUCUGCUUCGUGGUGUCCGGGUCCCUGGAGGUCAUCCAGGACGACGAGGUGGUGGCCAUUUUGGGGAAGGGGGACGUGUUCGGGGACGUGUUCUGGAAGGAGGUGACCCUGGCCCAGGCCUGCGCCAACGUCCGGGCGCUGACCUACUGCGACCUCCACGUCAUCAAGCGCGACGCCCUGCAGAAGGUUCUGGAGUUCUACACGGCCUUCUCCAACCACUUCUCCCGCAACCUACUGCUCACCUACAACCUGAGGAAGAGGAUCGUGUUCCGCAAGAUCAGCGAUGUGAAGCGUGAGGAGGAGGAGCGGCUGAGGAGGAAGAACGAGGCGCCGCUGAACCUCCCGCCGGACCACCCGGUGCGGCGGCUGUUCCAGCGCUUCCGGCAGCAGAAGGAGGCGCGCAUGGCGCUGGAGCGGAGCGAGCCGGAGGCGCUUGAGCCCGACGUGGAGAAGGGCGUCGCCCGCGUCACGCAGGCCACCGCCCACCACGUCAUCGCCACCACCAGCAUCGUCACGGUGACGGAGAGCCCCGCUACGCCCAUCCCCUCCGUCUCGUCCUCCGCCUCCACAUCCGGGGGAGGGGGGGGGCUCGCCAACCGCGCCAAGCUCCAGGCCCCCGCCCCCGCGGCCGGCCAGCCCGGGAGCAAGUCCGCCGAGCCCGCCAAGGGCAAGGGCUGGGGCCGCUUCAAGGACGCCACGGGCAAGAUGGACACCUGGACCAAAGUGUCCAAGGCCGAGUCCAUGGAGACGCUGCCGGAGAGGGCCAAGGCCUCCGCCCACGAGGAGGCGUCGCUGAAGAAGACCGACUCCUGCGACAGCGGCAUCACCAAGAGCGACCUGCGGCUGGACAGCGUGGGGGGGGAGGCGCGCACCCCCCAGGACCGCAGCCCCGUGCAGCCCGAGGCCCGGCACGCCUUCUACCCCAUCCCCGAACACUCGCUCCAGGCCUCGCUCCUGGAGCUCAAGCACGAGCUGAAGGAGGAGAUGAAGGCCCUGGAGGGCCGCAUGGCCGGCCUGGAGAGCCAGCUGGCCGAGGUGCUGAGAAUACUCAAGUGCAGGAGGGCCCCCAGCUCCCCCCGGCCCCUCUUCGAGAUCUCGCGUCCCGCCUCCCCCGAGUCCGACAAGGAGGACAUCUUCUCGUGAGCCGCUCUGAGAGAGACACCGUUUGUUUCCAUGUCCUGAAGUUAAGCGCACGGGGCCUUCGGGGUGGCCGCCGCGGUUCUGCAUGGGCAGGGAACCGACGCGACUUUCAGCCACUGAGCGCACCGCGCACCACCUGAGCCCGGAUUCAGGCUGGAGGGAGUUCCUCUCGGCUCAGUCCUCGGCCCAGCGCUGCAUUGCUGGCGCGCCCAUAGGCGAAGAAUGGCAAAGCCUGGGGUAAACUGGAUCGCAGCUCCAUUUUGAGUUCUGUUUAUCGAGUAGAAGUAGCUGUACACAGUAUUUUCAGUUCCAACGGAUCUUCUUUUAUAGAGUUUCAAAGCAGAUUUAUAUUUUUUAUUAACAUACAGUAGCCCUAUGGGCAAUUCUAUCAUCAUCUGUCCUUACGGUUUCUGAAGGAUAAUUUCUACCUUUUUUUCUGGCUUUUUUACUUUGCUACUUGCUUUUUCCAGCUGAUUAGUCUUCAGUAGUUCUUUUUCCACCCAGGUGGAAAAGAUCACCAUCAUGAAUGAGAGCUCAGGACAAUUAUUUUUGUGUUUGGUUUCUCCCUCGUCUUGAACAAGUCUGCAUAUUUUGUUCCUGCGAGUUCAUGGCUUGUUUCGUUUGUGCUCUGCGUUUUCGUGUGCUUUCAUACGUUAAGAAAACAUCACGAACCAAACAGAUUUGCACAGAAUUUAGUUAGGAACUCAAAUGAAUUGUGUCUUUUGCACUUAAACAUUCUUUGACCUGAUAAUGUUCUGGUGACGACACGUUAUUUGCAUGUGGAAGGGGGUUGCAUCCUUGCCGUUUUUUUGCGACUGCUCUCUUCGGACCUCGUGAAACGUCAAGAUCGUCAAGUGUACAUAACAUGAAGCUGUGUUUCACAACACCACAAGUACACACACACACACACACACACACGUGCACUGACACACACACACACACGUUUUCUCAUAAAGAGGGUCUUCCAAAAAAAAAAAA